UGAACAGUGUAGACGUGUUUACUCAUAAACAAAGCAUAAGUUAACCUCUAAAGAAAAAUAAAUUUCUUGACUAAUAUAAUAAUUUUAACAAUUGAAACUUGUUAAUAAAAUUUUAUAUAAAUUAUAUAUUUAUAUUAUUUAUUAAACAUGAGAAUCGCAAUUGAAGGAUGCGCUCAUGGCGAGUUAGAUAUUAUUUAUGAUUCAAUAAGAGAAGUUGAAAAGAAUACCGGGCAGAAAGUUGAUUUAUUAUUAUGUUGCGGAGAUUUUCAAUCAACUAGAAAUGUUGGUGAUCUCAAUUGUAUGGCUGUGCCCGAUAAAUAUAAACAAAUUCGUACAUUUCACAAGUACUACUCUGGUGAAAAGUCGGCUCCAGUAUUAACUAUUUUUAUUGGAGGUAAUCAUGAAGCUUCUAAUUAUCUUCAAGAAUUACCCUACGGAGGUUGGGUAGCACCAAAUAUUUAUUAUAUGGGGUAUGCUAGUGUAGUUACUAUUGGUGAUAUAAGGAUUGCGGGUAUUUCUGGAAUUUAUAAGGAACAAGAUUUGCAAUAUGGACAUUUCGAAACACCACCCUAUGAUCGUUCAACUAUUCGAAGUGUUUAUCAUACCCGAAAUAUCGAAGUCUUCCGAUUAAAACAACUCAGUGGAAAAAUAGACAUCUUUUUAUCUCAUGAUUGGCCAUGUGGAGUGACAAAGUAUGGCAAUGAAGAGGACUUAAUUAGAAGAAAGCCAUAUUUCGAAAAGGAUAUUCAAACCAAUUCAUUAGGAAGUCCUCCAUGUAUGGAGCUUUUGAGGCAUCAUUACCCUUCAUAUUGGUUCUCAGCUCAUCUUCAUUGCAAAUAUGCAGCAUUAGUUCCGAAAGAAGAAUCGGACACCGUUACAAAGUUCUUAGCUUUGGACAAAUGUUUACCUGAACGGAAAUUCCUUCAAAUUUUGGACAUUCCACACAAUCAUAAUCAGUCACUGUCAUUAUCAUAUGAUUUAGAAUGGCUAACAAUUUUAUUUCUCACAAAUCAUUUAUUAAAUGUUCAAAAGAGUAGGCAGCAUAUGCCAACAUCAGAUGCUAUUGGACGUUGGAAAUAUACUCCAACUGAAUCAGAGAAGAAGAGUGUCUUGGAAAAAUUUAAUAACAAUUUAAAAAUUCCACUGAAUUUCAAGCAAACGGCUCAAUCAUUUGAUUCAAAAGAUCCAUUAAAUUCAAGAAAUGUAACGUUCCAGAUAAAUUAUCAAACCACUGAUUUUUGCCAAAAACUAGGCAUAGAUGAUCCUUCUUUUCUCCUGAAAAUACUCAGGAAUGAAAAAAUUGAAGACAUCAGUCCUAGUAAAAGAAAGGAACCAGAAGAUGAGGAAAUAGAAGAGGAUGAGGAUGAAGAAAUGCUUUCCGAACCAUCUAGUACAAUUUCAUCAUUUCAACAUAUCUCUUCAUCUUUUUGCGAUUCUACAUGUGAUGAUUCUAUGACUGAUACCUCGACGUCUAUAUCUACAUCACCAACAACUCCAUCAACCGGUACAUCUGAUAAACCAGUAGAGCCAACAAUGAAGAAAUUUAGAAGACGAAAUUUUUCUAUUUAUGAAAGUAUAAUGUAAAUAAAUUGUUAUUGGAUGAAAAAUUAAAAUAAAUAAAAUUUUUGAUAUAUUUUUAAUAAA